AUGCCUACUCUCGCUCAAGCCGUUCGGGACACUCGCGCGUUCGAUGAGGUUUCUGAUGCCAUCGAUGACGUGAAUGUACAGAAGCUCAAGCUUUGGGACGGCCAGUCUAACUUCGAUACCGAGAAAGACAAGACACAGUUCCGUCGUUACGAGGAGGCCUGCGAUCGCGUCAAGAGUUUUUACAAGGAACAACAUGAGAAGCAGACUGUAGAUUUCAACAUCAAGGCGCGCGUAGAGUUCAAGAGCAAGAAGAGGGCUCGGAUGGGCAUCUGGGAGGCGAUGGAGAUGCUCAACACUCUCGUCGACGAGUCUGACCCCGACACGGAUCUAUCGCAGAUCGAACACCUGCUUCAAACCGCCGAGGCCAUGCGUCGUGAUGGGAAGCCCGAAUGGAUGCAGGUCACCGGCCUCGUGCACGAUCUCGGAAAACUGCUCUUCAUGUUCGGGUCCGAGGGCCAAUGGGACGUCGUCGGUGAUACAUUCGUUGUCGGCUGCCGCUACUCUGACAAGAUCGUAUACCCUGAAACGUUCGCUGGGAACCCUGAUGCACACGACGCCGUCUUCUCUUCUGAGUAUGGUAUCUACCAGCCGGGCUGCGGGCUAGACAACGUCAUGCUCUCUUGGGGCCAUGACGAGUAUCUCUACCACGUUCUCAAGGACCAGAGCACCUUGCCGGAAGAGGGUCUCGCAAUGAUCCGCUACCACAGCUUCUAUCCAUGGCAUCGCGAGGGCGCAUACGCUCAUCUUACCAACGAGAAGGACGAGGCAUACUUGAAGGCUGUGCGCGCGUUCAACCCCUAUGAUUUGUACUCAAAGAGCGAUGGCAGCGUCGACGCUGCAGCGCUCAAGCCUUAUUACGAGGGGUUGAUUGCUAAGUUCUUCCCUGAGAAGCUUGACUGGUAG